CGUCCCUCCGCGGGUUGCCAGGGGGGCCAUGGCGCGCGCGGCGGGCGGGCGCGGCUGAGUACUUGUGGCAAUGGAGCUGGAGGAGGCCCGCGGGUACGUCGAGGGGGUGCGCCAGCUGCUCCAGCACUCGGGGCUGCCCUUCCUGGAGCUCGACGCGGCCGGCAGGGUGACCUCUUGCAGCAGGCAGGCGGCGGCGGCGCUCGGGGCGCGGGCGGACGGCGCCAGCGGGCAGCUUCUGGAGGCCGUCGUUGCGAACAGGCACAGGGCACAGGUGGCGCAGGCUCUGAAGCGUGCGCAGGGCACCAGCAGCGGAGAGGUGAGGCCCAGUGCGGCGAAGCUGCCGGGGGCCUCCGGCCGCAAGGACGCGAUCCUGAACCUGAUGCCAUGCUACAGCAGGUCUGGCCGCGUCACGGGGGUCCUGGGGCUGGUUAGCGAGGAUAACAGCCCUGCAGACACCAAGCUGCCCGCCCCCGUCAGCGGUGUGAACGCAUGGCGGUGCACCAUGGGCACCUCAGCGGCCAUACCCUGCAUGUUCGAGCUCAGCGAGGGCAAGGACACCUCCGGCAGCGGAGCGGACGCGCGCCACAGCGAGAGCUUCCGCAGCAUCGUGGAGCAGACCGUAAAAGACUCUGCGCCGAUCCACCUGUGCGAGCCUGGCGCUGGGGCCACGCCGUUCGAGUCGGAGGUGAUGCCUUUCGAGAGCCAGGGCGGCGAGACGCGGUACUUCUGCGUGCGGGGACUGGCCACCUGCGGGCCCGAGAUGCCGUUCGGGGGCCGCAUCAGCAUCGCAGAGGGCUACGUGGUCGACAUCACGCGCGCCGAGCUCGCUCUGCAGGAGGCGUCCAGGUGGCACGAGCGCUGGCGCGCGCUGUCCCAGCUCGUCUUCGACUUCGCGCUGCUUGUCGACAUCACGGAGUACCGUAUCCUGAGCGUGUGGGACGAGUCUGCGGCAUUCGACGAGAAGUUGGAGGGCAGGUC